AUGUGGUUUACAACUAGACAAGACGGUCUUGACGAUAACUGUCAUACCAACCGAGGUCCAUGUUUUCAAGUUAGUGGUUUUUUUGGAACAACAUUAAGAAUUGGUUUUUUUUUAGAAUUUAUUGCAUUGACCUUUUUAUUUAUGUCUUAUUGGUCAAAUGGAGGAAAAGGAUUAUUUAGCUAUGAUUUAAAAAAUAUAAAUGAUGAAUAUAGAUUAGAUCAAACAUUCAGAAAUUCAAUAACCCUAUGGACAGGUGUCUAUUUAAUAGGGGCAAUCUUUAUUAUGUCCUUUCAAGUUCUCCUUGCGGAUGAUACAUGUUGGGCAAGAGGAUAUAGAGCUGGAUCCAAAAUUUUAAGAUUAGCUUCCUUUUUGGACACCAUAAGUGCAACAUUACAAUUUAUUUUUUAUUUAUACAUAUCUAAAUUUUAUACAAGAAAAUGGUAUGUUCAUUUUAAUGAAGGUGGAAGUGAAUGGGUAUUUUUUAUAUUUGUGCGUUUGGUUCAUGCUUUUUCCUGUUUAUUAUACGGAUUAGCUGCAUACUUAUUAGAAGUAUAUCAUGAUGAGGGAGCAGGAGAUUUACAUGCAUAUAUAAAUGGUGUGAUGUUUGUUUUUGCGGGAUUAACAGAAAUUUUUGUAAUAUUUUGCAAUUCCGGAUGCUACUCUAAUUUAUUAUUAUGGCUUGCCUUAGGUGCAGUUUCUUUAUGGUCAUAUUAUUUCGAACCCGAAGUCAACCAUGUCUCUCCAGCUUUACAUGAAACAGAAUUAACUAAUGACGUUGAACAACAAGUAGAAAAAUUUUCACGCUAUACUCCAUAUCCUCAAGAUACCAAUCAAAAUGCAUACUAUCCAGCUUAA